AAGGGCAUUAAAUGAUCCAUGGGCUGCCCGCGCAUUAUAAAUUUCAUCCAACGGCUUUAUCCGGUAUCGGAUUUGGAGGGAAGGUGGAGAAAAGAGAUGACAUCACUGAACUUCUUCCCUUCUACUUCCACUUCCUCUCUGAAAAACCCUCGUCUCAAUUCCACUCCAUCCCUCUCUACCUCUAGAAAUCCUGAUUGCAUCGUCGCCAGCUUCGAUCCUUUAACAAGAAAUCGAUAUUUUAAGCAAACCCAACUAACUUCUUUCUUCAAAAAUCCUAGUUUCCUAGGGUUUAAGCGCUUUUUCUAUCCAGGAACUCGCUUGAAGCGGAUCGGAUGCAAUGGAGCAAGAGAGUCUACCGAGGGGACCAAAAAUCGAUCUUUGAAAGUGGUGAAUAGCAAUGGCGGCAAUGGGGAUGGCGGUGGAGAAGAUGGUGAUGAUGGUGAGGCUGAGAAUAAGAGGGGACUCAUGCCAGAAUGGUUGAAUUUGACCUCCGACGAUGUAAAGACUAUUGUUACAGCAUUAGCUGUCUCCCUUGCUUUCCGGACUUUCAUUGCCGAGCCUCGAUACAUUCCUUCCUUGUCCAUGUAUCCGACAUUCGACGUCGGAGAUCGAAUCGUUGCUGAAAAGGUUUCAUAUUAUUUUAGAAAGCCAUGUCCAAAUGAUAUAGUAAUUUUCAAAAGCCCGCCAGUAUUGCAGGAAAUAGGAUAUACAGAAGAGGAUGUCUUUAUUAAACGAGUUGUUGCCAAGGAAGGUGAUGUUGUGGAGGUUCACAAUGGGAAGUUGCUAGUAAAUGGAGUUGUCAGGAAUGAAGAUUUCAUCCUUGAGCCACCUUCUUAUGAUAUGACUCCAAUUCAAAUACCUGCAAACUUUGUAUUUGUGAUGGGUGACAACCGCAACAAUAGCUAUGAUUCACAUAUAUGGGGACCUCUUCCUACCAAGAACAUCAUAGGAAGAUCAGUAUUUAGGUAUUGGCCAUUGACAAGGAUUGGUAACACAGUUCUUCAGCAGGGCUGUGCUGAUGAGCAAAGCAGUCCUGCACCAGAAUGAGGACUUUUGUUGGGUCACUGUUGCUGUGUUCUUCAGGUUGGAUGCUAGUUGCUCAAUUUUUUCUUGCAGAGUUCUGCCUUUCAUUGGGACGAAAGAAGCCAUUUAUUUUCUGAAGCAGGCUUCUUCCAAGACCUCUCUUUUGUCAUGAUGCGGAUGGUCCUUGUAUAUUCAUGUUUUUCAUUAUUUAGCAGGGAUAUGCCUAUUUCAUCAACCUUUUGUCUGUCAUUGUCACCCAUAUUUUACUGAUGUACUUCAUACUAUAGAGUGAAUCCACCUUGCUUAUAUGCCCA